AAAAAAAAAAAACUUUUCUUUUUGCCCAAGACAGAGCAAGGAAAAACCGCUCUACAAUCUCCCCUUUAAAAUCAAACCCUAAUCACUCCACUUAUCUCAUCGCAAUCUCUCUCUCUCUCCCCUCACAUUUUCUCUUUCUAAAACCUAAAACCCUCCGUUACUUUCUCUCUCUAGACUAAUGGGUUCCGAUAAGAAGAUCAAGAUCGGCAUCAAUGGCUUCGGAAGGAUCGGUCGUCUGGUCGCCAGGGUUGCUCUCCAGAGAGACGACGUUGAACUCGUUGCUGUUAACGAUCCCUUCAUCACCACCGAUUAUAUGACGUACAUGUUCAAGUAUGACAGCGUUCAUGGCCAGUGGAAGCAUCAUGAGCUUAAGGUUAAGGACUCUAACACCCUUCUUUUCGGUGAGAAACCGGUUACUGUUUUCGGCCACAGGAACCCAGAAGAAAUCCCGUGGGGCGAAACCGGAGCUGAGUUUGUUGUUGAGUCUACUGGAGUUUUCACUGACAAGGAUAAGGCUGCUGCCCACUUGAAGGGUGGUGCAAAGAAAGUGGUCAUUUCUGCACCAAGUAAGGAUGCUCCUAUGUUUGUUAUGGGUGUUAAUGAGAAAGAAUACAAGCCCGAUCUUCACAUUGUCUCCAAUGCUAGCUGCACUACAAACUGUCUGGCUCCCCUUGCCAAGGUUAUCAAUGACAGGUUUGGCAUUGUUGAGGGUCUUAUGACUACUGUUCACUCCAUCACUGCCACGCAGAAGACUGUUGAUGGACCAUCAAGCAAGGACUGGAGGGGUGGAAGAGCUGCUUCCUUCAACAUUAUUCCAAGCAGCACUGGAGCUGCCAAGGCUGUUGGAAAAGUUCUGCCAGCGCUUAAUGGUAAGCUAACCGGGAUGUCUUUCCGAGUUCCUACUGUUGAUGUUUCGGUUGUGGAUCUCACUGUGAGGCUUGAGAAGGCGGCUACUUACGAGCAAAUCAAAGAGGCUAUCAAGGAGGAGUCAGAGGGCAAACUCAAAGGAAUUUUGGGCUACACUGAAGACGAUGUGGUAUCCACAGACUUUGUGGGUGACAGCAGGUCGAGCAUCUUUGAUGCCAAGGCUGGGAUUGCUUUGAGUGACAAAUUUGUGAAACUUGUGUCUUGGUAUGACAAUGAAUGGGGUUACAGUUCACGAGUGAUUGACUUGAUUGUCCAUAUGGCUUCUUGUCAAGCUUGAUGCUGACGGGAUGAGAUGAUAAAAUGCCUCAUUUUGAUUUUUGUGUUUCUAAGAGUUGGUUUUUGGGCCGCUGAGGGUUUUUUUAUUUGGAAUAAAUCUCGAGUCUUUUAUGGUGUGAUUUCUUGUUAUGAACUCUGAUGCCAUGGAAAUUAUGGCCCUAAAUUCCCGUGGAAUCUUUGCCUUGUCUUUGUUUCCCUUCGUUGUCCAGAGGGAAAUUAAUGCACAAUUUGGUAUUGAUAUGUGAGUUGUGUUACUUAUAA